CCGUCCAUGUACAAACUACCAAACUGCGUCCCUGGAACAAAAUAAAAACAGAAUUAUUGAAUACCAGUUUUAGUUUUAAAAGUGAGUCCAUUAUGUGCAAAAUGAACACUUCCCUGCUCUGGACGAGCUUUCUUAUUUUAGUUUUGAGUCAAUUUGAAGAAUCUUCAGCGUCUACUUUAACAAGGGUGGCGAGAGAAACUAAAUACACCACUAGAUUUGAUAAUAUUGAUGUUGAUGCGGUCCUAAAAAGCUCGAGGUUGCUGCUCAGUUAUGUUAAAUGUUUGCUGGAUAAGGGUCCAUGCACUGUUGAAGGAAAAGAACUAAAAAAAUUCAUUCCAGAUGCUCUGAAUUCUGAAUGUUCCAAAUGUAGUGAAAUCCAAAAGAAGCAAGCCGGUAAAGUUUUCACGAAUUUGUUGCUCCACCACAGGGAUUAUUGGAAUCAACUCAUUGACAAAUACGAUCCAAAUGGUAUUUACAAAACAAAAUAUGAAGUCGAUAAUGAAGAUUACGAUUAUUCUCAAUUGGACGACGCAUAAACUAUUAUAGCAAUUUUAUAAAUAAUAUUGUAAUGUUUAGGUAAAUAAAAAGUACUACAUCGACUAAAGUAUUGAUUGGAA